AGGGCACAGUGGCUGAAAUUGAGAAAAAGAUUAUAGAAGCUUUUGAGGUGUUUGACCAUGAAGGCAGUAAAACUGUGGACGUCAGAGAUAUAGGCUCAAUUAUCAGGUCACUGGGUUGCUUCCCAACUGAGGCAGAACUACAUAAACUGAUUGCAAAGGUAGAAGAAGAAGAAUCACCUGGAUACGUUAAUCUGGAAAAAUUUCUUCCAGUGAUGACAAAAGCGCUACUCGACAGAAGCUACCGGCCUAUUCCACUAGAUGUUCUCCUGAAUGCAUUUGAGAUUUUGGAUGAGAAUCAAUGUGGAUGUAUUCCUAAAGAGGACCUGGUCAAAUAUUUGACGGAAGAAAGUGAGCCCUUUACUCAGGAAGAAAUGGAGGACAUGCUUUCCACAGCUCUAGAUCCAGCAACAAAUACUUUUCACUACAGAGACUACAUUUCAAUGUUGAUGGAUUAA